AUGCUCGAUCACGUUUCCAUCUCCCAUCAGAACGGCCUUAUCCUCUGGUCUCGCUCGUUUACGCCCACCUUCGCCUCCCUCGCACAGACAGCGGCUUCACCUGUGAACGCUUUGAUUAAAGAAGCUUUCAUCGAGGGGAAAGUUCACAAUGAGGAGGAAGGAUAUGAAAAGGACGGCUACAGUGUCAGGUGGACCAUGGAAAAUGGCUUGGGAUUGGUCUUUGUCGUGGUCUUUCCUGCCCUUUUGCCCUUGACCUACAUACCUGAGCUACUUCAGCGAGCAAAACAACUCUUCAUUUCGCUCUUCCAACCGUACCUCCAAUCUCUUAUCGACUCUCUCACUUCUGGUACCCUAAUCCUUUCUUCAGCUUCAUCCACAGCUUUGAAAUUAUUGAAAGAACAAUUGAGUGAGCAGAGGUGGGAUGCAAUUUUUGACAGAUGUCUAAAGAGCGUUGAAGGGGCAAGAAAACCUACUCGGACUCCGAUUGCCCUUCACAAGCAAGCGCAGCUCAAUGCGGCAUCGGACGCUUCAACUCCUGCAUUAUCGGACGGCGAAAAUCUGCCAGUGACCGCUGAAGAGAUAGCUAAGAACGUGCAGGCUCUGAAGACCAAAAUGAAAGGAGGCCGUGUCAAAGGUGGUAGAAGCGGGCGGGGCGAUGGCGUCAAUGACAUGGCUGAGCUGGACUUCUCUGCCCCGGACGAGACCAAUGUGACGGUUGAUACGGACGGUUUGGUGUCGACAGAUGCUUUAGGUACUAGGAACUCGACUGGGGCAUAUGAAGUUGCCGAUUGGGAUUACAAGCAAGGAAAAGCGGAUGAUCUACCAACAGAAGAAGAAAUUUUAGCGAGAGGCACGAGUCACAUGUCUCCCAUGACUAAGGUAGAAGAGGAUAUCAAAGGGACAAGCGCCUGGAGCAAUGUUCUUUCAAGAUUGACUGGAAAGAAAAUUCUUACGCAAGAAGAUCUACAGCCUGUGUUAGUAGAAAUGGAACGACAUCUGAUGAGCAAGAAUGUCGCCAAGGAUAUAGCGGAAAGAAUGUGUGAGAGUGUAGGAGCUGCGUUAGUUGGAAAGAAACUCGGAGGAUUGAACAGUGUCAAAUCGGAAGUUCAGAACGUAUUAUCCGUUUCUUUGACUCGAGUCCUUACUCCCAGAACAUCGACCGAUCUUCUGCUUGAAAUCCAACGAAAGCGAUCAGCUUCUUCACUCGCUUCUCCUGAUGCGCCUCCAGACCCGUACGCUCUCACCUUUGUAGGAGUCAAUGGUGUAGGAAAAUCGACCAACUUAUCCAAAGUUUGCUUCUGGCUUCUGCAGAACGGUCUGAGGGUUCUAAUUGCGGCUUGUGAUACUUUCCGAAGUGGAGCAGUGGAACAAUUGAGAGUUCAUGUUAGGAAUUUGGGCGCUUUGGGUCAAGAGAUGGGGGACAAAGGUGUAAACAAGAUCGAACUUUUCGAAAGAGGAUAUGGCAAGGACGCUGCUGGAAUUGCCAAGGAUGCCAUUGCUUAUGCCAAAGAAAAUCGAUUUGAUGUCGUGUUGAUUGAUACUGCGGGUCGAAUGCAGGACAACGAACCUCUCAUGAGAGCCCUUGCUAAGCUCGUUGCUGUCAACAGUCCGGAUAAGAUCAUAUUCGUGGGGGAAGCCCUAGUCGGGAACGAAGCUGUCGAUCAAUUGAGCAAGUUUGAUCGUUCGCUCAAGGAUUUUUCAAGUGCUGGAGGAGUGCAGAAGAAACGGGGAAUCGACGGUAUCAUUCUUACCAAGUUUGAUACAAUUGACGAUAAAGUCGGCGCAGCUUUGUCUAUGACUUAUGUCACCGGUCAACCAAUUCUGUUUGUCGGAUGUGGACAGACAUAUACCGAUCUUCGACAAUUAAGGGUCAAUCAUAUAGUGCAAGCAUUGUUGUCAUAG